AUGGCCGCCCACCUCCGGGAGUACGCAUUCGUCCGAUUCUCUGCGUCCACCCAGGGCAGCACCGAAACCCAUACAAUCCAGUGGUGGAGCUUUACUUCCUCCCUCCCGUCUUCCUUAUCCUCCUCUUCCCCCUCCCCUUCUUCCUCUUCGCAGCCGCCACCCCCUCCCCCUCCACCGCCAACGAAUAUUUUCCAGGGACAGGGCCCACCUGCUAGUAGCAGCGGCAAACGAGCCUCUUCUUCUCCGUGCCACAACCGCCUCUGCAAGUCCGAUCCGGGAGCCGUCGCUGGGGCCGUUACUGCCGGCGCGUUAGUGCUGGUCGCCUGCGCAGGCCUCAUCAUCUGCUUUCGCUUCCGGGGCGUCCGAUUGCGGCGCGCCGAUGGCCUGCUUGAGAUACCGGCGUCGGAGAUGGUCAGGGCACCUCGUGAAUUCAGCUACCGGACGCUGAAAUCGGCGACGAGGAACUUCGAUUGCAGCCGGAUAAUCGGGCACGGCGCAUUCGGCACUGUCUACAAGGGGGUGAUCGCGGAGACAGGGGCCGUGGUGGCGGUGAAGAGGUGUAGUAAUGAGAGCGGCGGGCAGGGGAAGGCAGAGUUCCUAUCCGAGUUGUCCAUCAUCGGUGCCCUCCGCCACCGGAACCUUGUCCAACUUCUGGGAUGGUGCCACCAGAAAGGGAGACUGGUGGGGUCGGUAGGCUGGGCCGUAUCAGAGAUCCUCCUGGUCUACGAAUUCAUGCCCAACGGCAGCCUCGACAAGGCCCUCUUCCUCCCGGCGCCGGUGCUUCCCUGGCGACACCGCCGCCGGAUACUCGCCGGCGUCGCCAGUCACGACAGUGGUGGUGGAGGUCGCCGGCUGGAGAGCGAGCAGCGGUGGUGGUGGAGAGCGCCGGCGGAAGAGCGAGCGGUUGUGGUGGUGGAGGGCUGGAAGCGCGGGAGCGCGGGAGAGGCAAGAGACGGAAACGGAAGCUUCUGGACGACGACGAUCAACGGCAACUAA